AUGACAAAGGGCAAUUUACAUUCCAGUCUAAACUUUCCUAUAGGCGCUGGAGCUGGAGGCUCGUUCGCAGCGUAUGAAUUGCGCAAGCUUGCCGCUGAGACAAAAACUCCUGUCGAAAUUACCGUUUACGAACGUGAAUCCCAUGUCGGUGGCCGCUCAACUACAGUAAAUGCAUUCGACGACCCGGCCUAUCCCAUCGAGUUGGGCGCUUCGAUCUUCGUCCAGGUCAACUAUAACUUGGUCAACGCAUCCCGUGACCUAGGCCUGAACGUAUACAGUGCCGACCAUGCGCGGCCGAAAGAAUCCGACGAUAGUAUCGGAAUAUGGGAUGGCUCGCAGUUUGUUUUCUCGCUGGGCAACGGCUAUAGCUGGUGGAACAUUGGUCGGCUAUUUUGGCGGUAUGGAAUGGCACCAUUGCGCACCAAGAAACUGGUCAAGGGUACUGUUGGCAGAUUCUUGCGGUUAUAUCAGAAGCCUUUCUUUCCUUUCAGUUCCCUUUCUGAUGCUGCUGCUGCCGCGAAUCUGCUAGAUUCCACUGCAUCUUCGGGCGAGCAGUUCCUUCACGCGAACGACGUGGACUCUCUUUUUGCGAGAGAGAUCAUCCAAGCCAGCACUCGAGUCAACUAUGGUCAAAAUUUGCAGUUGAUUCAUGGCUUGGAGUCCAUUGUCUGCAUGGCUACUGACGGAGCCGUCUCGAUCGAGGGUGGAAACUGGCGCAUCUUCGAUGGCGCACUGAAAGCUUCUGCUGCCGAUAUUAGGUUGAAUACCACGGUCACUGGCAUCGUUCGUAAUGAAGAUGGCUCUGCUUCCCUCUCGUCAAAGUCGAAUACUGCUACCGAGCAGACUCACGAGACCUUCGAUGAAGUCGUCAUUGCUGGGCCUUUGCAAUAUUCUGAUAUCUCUAUUCAACCAUCCUUGGAACACACUCCGGAUAUCAUCCCAUACGUGAAUCUUCACGUCACUCUGUUUGCGUCUCCUCACCGCAUUUCACCAAAGUACUUUGGUCAGGACUCGAACAGUCAAGUGCCAGAGACGAUUCUAACAACCCUCCCCGAGGGGCUCGAUCUAGGAUCAAAUGAGGCCGGUGUUGGCCCCAGUGGAUUCUGGAGUAUCAGUACACUUCGCACGGUUGAUCGUUCUGAAUCCGAAGACACCCAGCAGCAUUAUGUCUAUAAGAUCUUUUCACCAGAGCAGCCGACUGCCGGGUUCAUUGCCGCUAUCCUCGGUCUGAACGACGAGACCGUGGAUAAGGAUGGAUCCAUUGGAGACCUCUCAAAGAGCGACGUCAGCUGGUUCCACGAGAAAAUGUGGAAUCCAUACCCUGUUCUAUACCCCCGGGUCACAUUCGAGGAGACUCUCCUAGCCCCUGGGAUCUGGUACACGGGUGGGAUCGAAAGCUUCAUAUCAACAAUGGAGACAAGUGCACUUAUGGGCCGCAAUGUGGCCACACUCAUGUUCCAGUCGUGGGAGAAGAAUGGACUCAAGUCUGACCAUGGUGCUGGGUCCAGGGCCAAGACCGAGCUUUGA